AUGCUGCGAGCAUACUGGGAAUUGACGAGACUUCAUCGGUUUCCAGGUGGUACUAUACUCACGUUCUGGCCUAUCAGUGAGUUCAGUAAUACUCGUGCUCUUGAAGUCUUACCGAAAACACAUAACGUGGGUACAGCAGCCUUCUUCAUAGGGAACACCGUCCGACAUAGCGCAGCAUGCAUCUGGAAUGAUAUAUGCGAUAAAGAUUUCGACCGACAAGUCGUCUCCAUCUUCGGAGCCACCGUGCUGUUUAUUGCGCUGGAAUUGUUCUGUUGUAUGAACAUGUUGUUUGCUGGUUAUCCUGCUUCAAUACUUGGAAUCUUCGGCCUGCUUGUCCUUGACCUCCUCUAUCCAUUCAUGAAGAGAGUGACAUACUGGCCCCAGGCUUGGCUGGGUAUUGCCAUGACGUGGGGACUGCCUGUCUCCUGGCUGUCAUUGACCGGUAGCCUGGACUGGCUCACUGUACCCAUACUGUUUAUAGGAGGCAUCUGGCAAGUCCUAAAAGUCCUUCUAUCCCAUCAACCUGUCAGCUGGACAGUAUAUUAUGACACUAUAUAUGCAUGUGCCGACCGUGCAGACGACAUCAAAGCUGGCGUGAAAUCCACUGCUAUACUUUUCGGGAGUCAUGUGACUGAGAUUUCAACGUGCUUCGCUAUUCUGUUCAUUACUUCCCUGGUAUUGGCAGGAUUGGCAAACUCCCAGGGUCUGUUGUUUUUCCUAGUUUCUGUUGGGGGGACGGCCGGAAAUCUAUUCUGGCAAUCUCGCCAGAUCAACGUCAAUGACAAGGCUGUCUGGCGCGACAUUCUGCGAGUAAGCAAAUCCUUUUGUGUGCAACUUGCAUUUGACAGUAAUAUUUCGUGUCUCAGGCCAAUGGUCACUUGGGCUUUAUAA